GGUAAAUAAGUCGGUUCGGGAACUAAAGUUCAUCCAGGAGUUUAGAUGGUUGGGUGAAGUGGGCCUAAAUCCCUGCUGCCGGUUUCUUAUCCUCGCCACAACCCAUUUUCUUGUUUCAAAAGCUUCUAUACUGCUUCCAGAGUUCUAUGCCCUGAGGAUGCCACAUUCUUCCCAUGCUUGUAUAUCUCCACUCUGCCUAGUUUCGAUACCAAAUCUUCUUGGCGGGUCUACUCAUCACCCCCUUCCUUGUGUGCGAAGCUUCUUUCGAUUAACAUGCCUCGAGCGUUACAAGCAUCAGCUCGGGAUCUUGUCACCUUGGAAGCCUAAACGGGAAAUCAGGCAUAAUCAAAAUCCCAUCUCCCCAGCAGAGAACAUCGCUAAAGAGUUUCCACCAGCAUGCAUCAUUGACAUUGCGCAACACGGAAGUUGUCUCGUUCGGUACAAAUCGUUGGAACGCUUUGGUCAUUUUAAUUACUGCUACUGCCCUACGCCAUUGAUGUCUAUGCAAGCUCAACCUUAUAGAUCAGACGACAGAUAAAGGCAGAUGCUCCGCCCUCUCUCUUUGAAAUUUUUCUUUCCUCUUACCUAUUCGUCAUACAGCGAUCCUGACUUGUGGUGCCUUAUUCCCACGAGAAAUCGCCGAAAUUUUUGGAAACAUUUUGGGCAAACAUCUUGUUUUGAGGUUAACGCAUAUUACCAAGGUAUGCGUUAUUCGGCUCUCACCUAUAUAACGGCAUUAUAUAGAUAAAUUUUCGAAACGCGCACAGCCGCAUCUGUUUUGUAAACAACAGGUCAGAAAACCACAACAAGCGUUCUGGAAACACAACGCGCUGCGGCAAUACUUCAACAUCUUUUAGAGUUACCCCUAGCGACCUGCGUCGGCAGUUCGCUGUGGAGGAAUCCAUGCAUGUCUGGCUAUUCACGCCACAAUCAUGGGCACGAUCCUUAUAUCGACUAUGCUGCUCAAUCCGAAGAACAUCCAGAGCGCGUUUACGGGUCGCAUCACCCCGAGCUCCAACAAGUUGGCACGCCAGGUCUCGAAUCUCUUCAUCUUGGAGCGCAUCAUCAUCAACAACAGCAGCAGCAGCAGCAACAGCAGCAGCACCACCACCAAGUGUUGCUAGAUCCACACAGCAUGGCCCACCACCAAUCGCCUCAAUACGGUGGUGGGCAGCAAAUGAGAGGAUAUAUAGGUGCACCAAUGCAGCAAGCAUCUAGUGUAGGAAAAAGACCGAGAGCUCAUGAUGAGUUGGGAAUGGGGAUGGGAGGAGUGCCGGCAGGCCACAUGCAUGGGCAGAUGCAAGGCAUAUCUUCACAAAUGUCUCAACAAACGAUGGGUGGUUAUGGUGGCGGACCUCAAGCUUUUCACAGUCAUGCAUUGCCAAAUCAAGGACCUCGAGGCGCAAAAUUUCCUCGUCUUGGUGAAGCGCCGGAGUCGAGUAUGAUGUCGCAAGGUGCGCCUAGUGUGGUCGGUACUGCCGGGAUGCCUCUGCCUGCUGCAAGACCAAGGGGUCCAAAGCUGAAGUUUACUCCAGAAGAUGACCAGUUACUGGUGGACUUGAAGGAAAAUAAAGCUUUGACUUGGAAACAAAUUGCAGAGUUUUUUCCAGGACGUUCUUCGGGGACAUUACAGGUUCGGUAUUGCACAAAGUUGAAGGCUAAGACUACUCAAUGGACUGACGAAACGGUAAGUUAUUCAUUGAUCUAGGUUCUUUAAAUAAUCAAUAACUGAUAAAACUCACAGGUUCAAAAACUUCGAACAGCGGUCCAUGAUUACGAGCAAGAAAAAUGGCGCAUCGUGGCCCAAAAAGUCGGGACUGGAUUCACAUCUACAGCUUGCAAAGAUAAAUGGACUGAACUUGUGAGUUUCCCCAAAGCAAAUGCAAAUGUGAAAAUUAUUGGAUGGGCUGGUUCGGUUUGGUUGGGUUGGUUCGAUUUGGUUGGGUUAUAUCCAUCCGUGCGGCGCAGCCUAAAUGUUACAUUUCUUUCAUCACAAGUGAUGCAGACACAGCAAGGCUAAUCAUUCGUCCAUAUAUUAGAUGCACCCCGAUGAUUCCGAAUUACAAUCACCAGAACCGGAAGACUUGCCUGAAGAUGCUGAAUAUUAGCUUCACACGGACCGACUUUGGGCAUCUUUAUUCACCUCUCGCCUACCUAUCAGCACAGACACUGUGUUCACCAUAUUCUCCAGAUUAGACAUAGCGACUAAAAAGCCAAGUCGACUCAAAUUUCCAUAAUAGAUUUUCAUUUGUCGCACCACAGACACAAACAUACACAAUCUCAAUAUACAACACAAUACAGAAAGAAAAGCGAAAGCGAAAACACAAACUAAUACCGGACUAAAGCGGCUGGAUCGUCUUUGUCUUUAUCUAUUUUAUGUUACUUAUUUUUUGACUUCGAUUGUCAACUACAAUUCUAUUUUCAUGUGUCAUAGGAGGAAAAGAAGGGGACAAGGAUGGAAGGAGGACAGAAGUGGCCUAAUAUACAGAAGCAAUUUUCGGGAUUCGAACACAAAAAAAUAUACCAAUCAUGAUAAAGGAAGAAGUGAGAAGGGAGAAAGGAGAAGGUGAAGGUAAAGUGGAUGGAGCAGGAAAAGUGGGUAGUGAGUGAUAUUUGGAUGGCAACUGUUGGACAUGGUUUUAAACUUCAUAUACCCCUUAUUUUGAUAUGAUGAUGAUGGACUCAUGGUUUGGAUGGAAUUAUUGGAAUUUUUUGUUAUUUUGACAUUUUGCUAUUUAAUAGUUGGAA